AUGUGGCUCUAUUUGAAAGAGAUACGAGAUUCCUCGAUGAUAAUGUUUAGUUUUGUAUUUUUUAUUUAUUAUAUGGACCCAUUUAAUAAUAAAAUAGGAGGAGAAGAAGAAGAUCAUAUAACUUCAACUGUAGAUAACAGUGGAAGAAAUGAUAAUAAUGCUAGUAGUAGUAGUAAUAUGAACAUGAAUAUGAAUAUGAAUAUUAAUGGAGCUAGUAGUAAUGGUAAUGGUAAUACAGUUGCAGACUUAAUAUUAGCAAUAGAUGUUGGAACUACAAAUAUUAGAGCUAUCAUUUUCGAUCCGUUGUUGAAUAUUGUAUCAAAAUCAACACAGAAUAUACCUUUGAUAAUCGAUCAGAAUAGACCGGGCUAUAUCGAGCAGGAUCCCAUAUUGAUGUGGGAGAUGUGUAAGGUUGUUGUGAAGGAUGCCAUUAGUUUGUCACCGGCUGCCUCGCAUCCCGAGAGAAUCAGAUGUCUGGGCAUUACCAACCAGCGUAGCACUUUUCUGACAUGGCGUCGUGAUACUGGCAAACCGAUACACAAUCUCAUCACCUGGCAAGAUACUCGCUCAGCAGAGAUCUGCAAGAACACCAACAAUUCAUUCGCUGUCAAGGGUAUACACGGUGCGACGCGAUUCGCUCAUCUCUUCACAGGCAAACCGAGAUUCUUGCAGGCUAGCUACCUCGAUGUCACCACUGCACAUACGUCGUCGCGUCUCGCGUGGAUACUGGAGAAUCACGCCGAAGCAAAGAAAGCGGCGAAAGAGGAGCAAAUGAUGUUUGGAACGAUCGAUACUUGGCUGCUGUGGAAUCUGACGGGUGGAAAGACACACGCCACCGACUACAGCAACUUUAGUACCACUGGACUGUACGACCCAUUCGAAAUGACCUACAACAAAGUGGUAUUCUAUCUCUUCAAUAUACCUUAUCAUAUCAUGCCAAAGAUCUGUGAUACCAGCUAUCACUAUGGUGAGACGCUGCAGGAGCUGUUUGGCGUCGCCAUACCGAUCACCUCGUUGUGUGGCGACCAGCAAUCUGCAAUGUUUGGUGAGUGUUGCUUUAAGGAGGGCGACACCAAAUUGACUAUUGGAACAGGUUGUUUUGUAAAUAUCAAUACAGGUUCACAGGCACGUGCUUCUCGCUACGGAAUGUACCCGUUGAUCGGCUGGAAAAUUGGCUCGGAGAUCACCUAUGUUAUGGAGGGAAAGGGUAUGGCUGCGGGUACAGUAGUCGAUUGGGCACAGUCGUUCGGUAUGUUUGAAUCGCCAGUGGAUACAUCGGAUAUGGCUGCAUCGGUACCGCACUCACAGGGUGUAGUAUUCGUGCCGGCACUGACUGGUUUGGCGCCGCCACAAAACGAUCCAAAAGCGCGUGGACUCAUCAUUGGAUUGACACCAUCCACCAGAAAAGAACAUGUAGUGAGAGCAUUGCUAGAGUCGUUUGGAUAUCGUUGUAAAGAGCUGAUAGAUAGCAUUAUCUCGGAUAACUAUUGUCGCAUCAAGAAGGUUGUCGCCGACGGCGGUGUCUGUCAGAACGACUUUGUCAUGCAAUUCACAUCGGAUAUUUGUAAUAUUAAUAUAGAUAGAGCGGCUCACCCAGAGAUGACAGCGGCAGGAGUAUUUUGUGAAUUAUAA